CGCAGGAUCUACACUACUUGGCAGGUGAGGAUAAUAACACUGUAUGCUUGAAGAUACAGAGAUCCUGAGGGAAAAUGAACAAACAAUGAUGGAUAAACGCGACAAGAAAGCGAAAGAAGAUUCCAGGAAGUCAACUAAAACCACAGGGAAGCUGUUUCGGAGGAAAUCGUUUAAGUCCGUGGAAAGUUUAGUGAGUAGGGUUUUGAAAAGUUUCGGAAGCUGGUCUGGCGGUGGAGAAACAACUGAACGCUCGGGGGCUGAAGAAGACGAUGGUGGGUUUGGAGAGAGCACACCUUGCACUGGAAACUCUGGACACCUGAAAAAAGAGGACAGCGGCCAGGUGAUGAAGAGUUUAUCGCUUCCCACCGGCCGCUCCUCGGCGAAAGAGCGACUCUCUUCGCUCUACGGGAAUAAGACGCCUGGCGUGUUGGGUUUGAAGAACCACGGCAACACCUGCUUCAUGAACGCCGUUGUGCAAUGCUUGAGCAACACGGAUCUGCUCGCUGAAUACCUGGGCUUGGAUCGAUAUAAACUGGAUCAGUAUCGUAUGAACGGGAUUGCGAGCGGUGGUAACGCUCACGAGAAGGGAGAAGUGACGGAACAGCUCGCGUGUCUGGUUCGAGCGCUUUGGACUUUUCAAUACACGCCUCAACUCUCAGCCGAGUUUAAGAUGACUGUGUCUAAAUAUGGAGCACAGUUCCGGGGGAACUCCCAGCACGAUGCUCUGGAAUUCCUUCUCUGGCUGCUGGAUUGCCUACAUGAGGACGUCAACUCAUCCUCCACCUUCUCCAGUGGGAAUAACAAAAGCAAGUCCAGUGGGAAGAGUCAAGAAGGAGGUGAAGAGAAGCUUGUCUCUGAUGCUCUGACUCCACCAAAUAUGCAGCCCGGUGUAUGCCACAGCUUCGUACAAGAGCAUUUUCAAGCGCAAUACAAGUCAUCUCUGACGUGCCCUCAUUGUCUUAAGCAGAGCAACACGUUUGAUCCUUUUCUGUGUAUAUCUCUCCCCAUCCCUUUAAGACAGACGAGACCAGUCUGUGUGACUCUGGUGUUUAGCAAUAAAGGGCAGCGAUAUCUACGAGUGGGGCUCGCUGUGCCUCUCUUCGGAUCUUUGGCAUGUUUGCGCAGGAUGGUGGCAGAUGAGGGCAAGAUCUCUCCAGAUCAGGUAAUAUUGACUGAGAUCUACACAACAGGCUUCCAGCGCUCUUUCUUUGAUAACGAUGACUUGACCAGCAUAGCAGAGAGUGACAUCUAUGCCUUCCAAGCUCCACCCCUUUACAUCAGGGGCGGAUCUGCACGAAUCUCAGGGUUCCACCACAGUCUUCCGUCCUUUCCGUAUGCCUCGUCCUCUGGGUCGGAGAGUCAGAGACUGGCUGCGUCCGGAGCAUUGUCCUCCGAGUUCCUCAACCAGGCUGAUGGGAUGCUGAAGAUCUUGCUGCUGGUGUGUAAUGCAGCUGGAGCAGGACAGCAGGCAGUGAGAUUUGGCCCUCCAUUUCUGAUGAGAGAGGACAGAUCAGUGUCCUGGGACCAGCUACAGCAGAGCAUCCUCAGUAAACUCUACUAUCUAAUGAUCAAUGGAUCCCAAGCACAGAAUUUCAGGGUGUUGUUCAAGAUUCGUGUUGUGGGGGGAUCUCCUUCAUAUAGCUACUUAAAUCCCCAAGAUGGACGACCACUUUAUCACCCUGCAGUAGACAGGGCUUUAAAGCUGUGUAGCUCAGGUGGACCUCCACAUGUGAAGCUCAUUGUUGAAUGGGAGCACAGAAUCAAAGACUGUCUGUUUGGUAAUAUACAGGAGGAGGUUGUAAAGGACUCGGAGAGUGUUCGUGCUCAACAGCAACACCACAUUCAACAGCACAGCUGCACACUGGACGAGUGCUUUGAUCUUUACACCAAAGAAGAACAAUUGGCCCCUGAUGAUGCAUGGAAGUGCCCUCACUGUAAGCAGCUACAGCAGGGAACGGUGCAGAUGAGUCUGUGGACACUUCCCGACAUCCUCAUCCUUCACCUGAAACGCUUCCGACAGGUCGGAGAACGCCGCAACAAGCUCUCCACGCUAGUCCACUUCCCCCUCAUGGGUCUCGAUAUGGGCCGCCAUGUGGUCAAGAGGAGCAACUGCGCCCCACUGCCGCCUGACUGGAAACAUCAGGCUUACAACAGGCCUGAAAGCGGCAGACAUGCGCCAGACUUCCUGUACGACCUGUAUGCUGUGUGUAACCAUCAUGGAGGCAUGCAUGGAGGCCACUACACAGCAUACUGCAGGAAUUCAGUGGAUGGACAGUGGUACACCUAUGAUGACAGUAGUGUUGAGCCAGUGCCCGAGGGGGAAGUGUGCACACGAGGUGCUUAUAUCCUGUUUUACCAGAGACGUGAUGCAAUUCCAUCCUGGUCAGCUAGCUGUUCCCUACAAGGCUCCACCAGCUACUCUGCAUCAGAUCAUUGGCUCAUCCGAUUGACUGCGGACAACCACAUUUCCAGUCCUUCUAGCAAGCUGUCCAACUCAUCUUCAGCUCCUGAACCCCAAACCCCACACAUUCCUGUCAUCCAUGAGCCCCCCAAAGAAGACAAUGAUGGAAUUGAGCCCAUGCAAUUUGUAAGGGGCAGUCAGGGCUGCAGCAUGAGUAUGCGUUACAACUCCAAAUCCAAGGCAGGCCCAGGUAAAGUUCUUCCACUACGCUGGUCAUUUGGUUCCAAGGACCGUCGAAAACCCAUGACUGUAGCUCCACAAGCAGGAACUGAUGAGCUGGUGGAGUACCUUGAGUCUGGCCGGCGGCCUCGUUGUACCAAGGAACCCAUAGUUAGCAUUGUAGCAAGUCCUUCACAGGUUAAAUCCCAGCUUCGUGAGGACGAUCCUCUGAGUUCCCCGAGUGGUAGUAGUAGUCCCAACGGUGGUAGCUAUCAAGGUCCAGAUUCACCCCGAUUACCCAAAGGCCAGAGCAAACCAGCGUUGGAUCUUAACAGCAUUAAUUCUAAUGGCAAUACAAGAACUGACAGCACAUUGGCCAAGAACAGUUCUAAAACAACCAGGCAGGAGCAAGUAGAGCGGACUCAGGAUAGCAAGUCUCUUCAAGGUUCCCCUACUGGGCUACACAAUGGGACUAGCUUAGCAAUUAAUGGUGCAUUUCAUUCCAAAGACUCUACAUUAAAAAGACUCCGAAGCCAACCAGACGCAACUAACAGGGAUCACAGUCAAACGCAGGCGGUCACUAGGUCCAAAGGUGAGGAACGUAGGACUAAAGAUUGCGUCCUUUCCAUCAGCUCUGGCCUUACACGUACAAUUGGCCAAUUCCAGGAUGGGAGGUCUAAGGAGGUGGGGCAUGGGAAAGCUCUUUCCAAUAAGAGCUUGGCCAAACUAUCUCUAUCCAAUGGCUCUCUAAAUGGGAAGAGCGUUGAGGCUAGGAAAACCAGUAACACCCACAGGAGCACCAAUAAACCAAGAGAAAACCAGGUUUCUUCAAACUGCGCUGAUAUAAAACGCGCCCACAGCUCAUCCAAUAUUCAAAGCAGGUUAGAUAUGACUUUGAAGAGGACAUUGUCUCUCCAAAGAAACGGUCCACUGGUGCCAGCCCAUAAGGGUCUUGUGGUAGAUAAAACCUCGUAUGCAACGCUACAAAGAAUAAGAUAUAGCAGCACUUCACUUGGCAGAAAGAGACCUGUUCCUGAGUCCUGCUUCUGACAUGUUUCAGAUUCAUUGUGGAAAAGAGUGCUUUUUAUAUAUAUGUUGUGUGUAUUUAUGCAUGUGGCAUAACAUAGUCUCCCCUACCAACUCUAGGGGAAAUUAGUAAGAAUUAAUUGCACCCACUGACACUGUAGCUAUAUACUAAUAGCUAUUUCCAUGCUCUGUUUGCAUUGGUUUAGCACCGGAUUCCCUAAAGAAAUUAGUCAAAAGAGGUAACGGUGUAAACACGGCCACAAAAUUAGUGCUGAUCACAAUUUGCACAGGGCAAAUGCACCCAAUUAGGUGAAUCAGGUGAAAUUAGUACUGAUCGCAAACUGCAUGGGGAAUUGCAGCCAAUUAAGGUGCGAACACAUUCUAUAAAAGUUAGUGCUGAUCGCGAAUUGCUCAGGACAGUCACAGCCAAUUCACAAAACUGCGCACAGACAAUGGCUGAAAGACAGCAAGUGGUAAAAUUUCACACUGGGAACUUAAGGUUAGGUCCACAUAAGGUUAGAAAUAUUCCAAUUCACCUGGCUACAAUUACUGCUACCACAAUUGCUGGAAAAAAUCCCUUUAAAUAAACCUCUGUUUAGCGUUGGGAUUUUGUUGGUGGUGAUAGCAUAAUGCAAGAGACUUGUGUGUCUCUGUGGAACAAAAAUAGGCAUUUUCCAACAGUGGGCGUUUUCAAACCAGGAUGGGCAGUUUUCAACCGCUUUACACGAUUUGCCUACUACAUUGAGAUUCCCUACUUUCAUUGAUAGUUGAAAAAUGCCCAUGCCGAUUUGAAAACACCCACAGAUUGAGAAACGGCCAUUACUGUUCCACAGAGACCUAUACUUCUAAUGUGAGUUGCGUCAAGCAAAUAGGGCUGUCGUUUGUGCUUCUAGCACAUUCAAUAAUGAGCAUCUUUUGCAUAGGAGGUGUGUUAGCCCAGAAAAAAUGACAAUGGCUUCAUUUAUAUUUGCAUGUCAUAGUGCUAUGGCAGCACAUAUAGAGCCUGGUUAGAUUGCAGAUGGUUUGUGAGUAAAACGCAGGGUUUUGUGCUGAAAUACAAGGUGCUAAGUGGCGCAACGGAUUAAUGCAACCUGGACUCAUAGAAUUGCGUUACCUCACUGAUUCUUAAGACAAGGGACAAAACAUGUUUAAAAUCUGAGUUUUCUUUUUUUAAUACUAAAUUAAAUUGAAAUGGAUAUAUUUGUAGACAAGUCUCAGCUAAUAUACAAUGUAAGUAAACAAGGGUUUACAUAAACGAUUUUUUCUGAAAAUUGACAUUUAUUCACUUCAUAACUUGCAUCUUACUGUCAUUUGUGUCAACUCCAUCAGACACACUAAAAAGCAUGCUAUGUUAAUUUGAUCCAUCCAACAAUAGUGUCAAGUUUUUAAUGAUCUAAUAAUGGUGUUCAGUAAAGCAGUUAAGUGAUAAAAUACAUUCUAUAAUUUUUUUUCUGUUUUCACUCUAUUUUGAAAAUUCUGACAGAGUUGACAAAAUUGAAUAUUUUUCCAUCUUAAUGUUAUACAUUGGAGCAAUUAUUAUUUUAUGUUUUUCUCAGUUACCUAAACUGAAGUGCAAAAAUUAUUCCACAAUUCUUAGUAGAAAUGAUUAUAAUGGGAAUGACGGAGUUGACAUGUUGAAGCUGUGACCACAGAGACUUCAACAUUGUUUGUUUGAAAUAUAAAACAAAUAUUAAACUUACCAGACCACGUGUCCUACUGCUGCAUCCACCAUGAGCAGGAAGUGGGAAAGGAGUACUCAGAGUUAUAGCUGACCAUGACAUUGGACACAAGGACACAGCUUUGAUAGGCAGUUUUUAAUGUAAAAUAUAAUUUAAAGUUUACUUUUUGUAUGGUUUGAUAUCUUACAGAUUUCUACCUUUUAUUUGAUAUUUAUGAAUUUGUUUCAUUUUUAAACACUUUGUUUAGCAGUUUAACAUUGUGACCUCUUGCUGAGGACAGGUACAUGUGCUCCCAAGUACAGAGCAUGCAUUUAAUAAAAUUAUAAUAACAUUAUUAAAAAUAUAAGUAAUAAAUGCCCCGAGUAUACACAUUUCCUUUAUAUUUAACAUUUCCAGUAUUUUUAUUAUUAUUAAUUUCUUGAUUUUUAACAUAAAGAUGGCUUUUGUAUGAAAGACAUGUUUUGUCACUUAUCUCAAGACCUAAAUCAGUGACCUACAUUUAUGCUAAAUUAUUUUUAAGUUGUCAAUGUACGUAUAGCUGCAGUUUCCUGCUGAAAUGAACACUAGCGGCACUAAACAACAAUGACUUUUAUUCACUUUCACAUAAUCAUGAGUAAAAUGUAGAUUAUCAGUUCCUCACACAAUGCUAUCUUAUGACAUCAAAUCACUUUUACCACAGUGCAUGAUGUGUAAGGCAAUUUAAACAUUUGCAUUACAUAACCAACUACAUUUACAAUCUUGUACUAGUGUGAUCAGAUUGUGUGGUCGCUCAACUCCACUAGCUUUAAUUACACUGUCGGUUAGGUUUAAAGCUUGGGUUUGGGAGGUCAGUUUUGUCGAUUUAAAACUCGAUAGAGCAUUAACCUUUAAAACCCCAUCUGUUUUUUUAUCUCACAUUUGCUUUAAUGACACUAUCGGUUAGGUUUAGGUUUAAGGUUUAUGAUAGGUAUGGAGGUCCUUUUUUUAAACUCAACAGAGCAUUAACCUUAAAAUCCUCUUCUGUUUGCGAGAAAAUUUAACUCGAAUGUCCACAUGGUGGACAUUUCACCUCAGAACUGCCACGAUAUGUAUAAUGAAUCACAUUCUGUAAUUUAAACAAAUGUUGCCACAUUCACGUAAUUUUCAUGAGAUCAGGCUAGCUAGAUUUUGCCUCUGUCUUUCUGUUAUAAUAGGGCCUCGUGCUAUUGGUGGAUUGAAGAAAAUAUAACAAGUUUGAUUGGUUAAAAUCUCCUGCAUGACAAAAAAAGAAAAAAACUGCUUUAACCAGCCUAAGCCCAAAACCCCUCUCAAUCAAAACAGACCAGCCUUACCACCUUACCACCAAUUUAAACUAUUUUCUUUCAUCGGGGUCACUAUAUGUGCAGAUGUGCAGUAUUACGCAAAGAGCUGGUGGGUGGGAUAAUUAGCCAGUUAACAGUAAUUAUAUCACAGGAUCCACAACAGUCUCACCGGAAGAGUCCAACUCUGUCAAAUGAUGCAAAAUAGAAGUCUGCUUUAUGCAUUUAGUAGAAUUGUUAUGUAUAUUUAUGCAUGUGCCUUUUUGCAAUGAUCUCAAGAGUGUAACAUUGGAACAGAGUGGCUGUUUUCACAAAUGCAUAUACAUGGGCACAUCUCCCCACAGAUAAAAUAAAUCCAUCCAGCAUAGACACAGAUCAAUAACACCUACACAAACUCACAGGGAUAUAAUAAUUCAUGUCAGUCUUCACAAUAUCCCAAACAGCACAUAUAAAAGCACCAAACAUUUCACAUCACUGUGCACUUGACGUACUUUUUUGUUUUUGUGAAAAGAAUGGACUAUGCAAGCACAAUCAGACAUUGUGCAUGUACUUUAUAUGUAUAUCGUGCCCUUCUGAUUUUAUUAUUAUUAUCAUUGUGUAUAAGCAUUAGCUGGUAAUUGAGCACUAAUGUACCUAGGAACCUCUAAAUUGCUGAAAUUAACAUUUUGAUUCUGCAAAGUAGCAAUAGCUGCAAUAUUUUUUAAAGAAAUAUUUGUAUUGUAACAGGUAUCAUUAGUGCAUUUUGCUUAAACCUUUAAAUGUGUACAUUUAGGGAAAUUAAUUUAAAAAAUGGAAAUGCAAUGAGUUAUAAAUAGGGAUGUAAUAUUAAAGGUGCUGUAAGCGAUUUGUUCUGAAGCUUUCACGUGACUGAGCAAUUGAAUUAGCCACGCCCUCUCCUUCCCAAACCCCGCCCUCCAAAGAUAAUUUUGAGACCAAAACUGAGCAAAAGAGCAGCAUUGUUUAUUCCUGUGGCUGUCAAAUUCAACAGUGGCACAAUAGCACCCUCAACUGGCAAACAUUAUGAAUCAUUGCCUCAAUGAUCUACUUCAAAUAUAACACUAUGAGAACGAGCAAAAUGAUUGACAGGUGAAAAGCAUCAAUGUCCACGGUCCGCAGACACAUUUUUGUUUGCUGUUUACAGUGUCUACAGCUGUCACAGAGACCGGUGAGAAAUCUCAGGACACUUAUUUCAUUAAUAUCUUUAAGGGAGUAGGAAAUAUUUUGCAUACUUUUCCAUAAAAAACAAAUCGCUUACAGCACCUUUAAAGCCGAUACAGUUUGUCAUUUUUUUUCAAUGAUGAUUUUUUUCUCGUGUCCCAGCUUAAUAAACAGAGUUUAAUUGGGUUUA